AUGUCGGCCUCGGCUGUGGUACCUUUCUCACCGGACAUUUUGUGGUCACCAUUAUAUGGUGCCCCGGUCGAUGCCGUCCCGCAAGCGAGGAGUAGUAUGCGCGGUACGCCUCGACAUGUGACGACUCCUUCCAAUCUUAUGGAGAAGCUUUGCGCAGCAAAUCGCGUUUCGGAAUCCACGUCGAAGUCCAAUGAGGUCCUGAGCGCUCAAACAGCCACACCGUGCAAGGUUCCAUGCACACCAACGCGACCAAAAGUCAAUGCGCCAAUGGUUUCCAAAGAGACGCCGGCGAGGGCUAAUGAAGGUUAA